AUGGCAACUUCAAUAAAUCAUACAAGAUCAAUAAGUUUCCCUCCAAAAUCAUACCCAAUACUUCAAAAGAUUGAACAAGAGCUUGUAAAGCUAAGAAAAGCUGAAGCAUCAUCAAAAUCAUUGAUUGAAACAAUCUGCAUUGGCUUAAAAGGUCUUGCAAGAUUGUACAAAUGUGUUGAUGAUGUUCUUAGUUUGCCUCUUUCCCAACAAUCUCUUUCACUUUCUUUUGGAAAUAAUCAAACCCAUGUUAAAUCCUUAGUUGAAAGAACCUUUAAACUUCUCGAAAUUUCCGGAACAUCAAAGCAGAUUAUGUUCAGAUUACUCGAAUCGAUUCAAGGAUUCGGGGUUUUGAAUAAAGAAACUGAGAUUUCAACCUAUUUUUCAUUGAGAAAAGAGAUAGCAAAAACUGCUAAAAGUCUUGUUUUAGAGUUAAGGCAAUUUGAAGGGAAUUUGGUAUCAAAAAAUGAGUUUAAUGAAGAAUUUGAGGUGAUUAGAGUUCUGAAAUGUGUAAGCAUUAUAAACAUUUCUGUUCUUGAAUCACUUCUAAAAUUCUUGGGAAUGCCAUUAAUGUCUUCCAAGAUGACAUCUAGAAGUUUUGCUCUGUUUUCAAAGUUGAUGGUGAAGAAACAGAGAAAAAGUGGGAUUGUUGAAGAGAAAUUAAAGAAAACAGGGAAUGAAUUGAGUGAUGUAGAUGUUGUUUUACAAGCAUUUGAUGAAGAGAAAGUGGAUUUUAGUGUUGUUAAGAAGAGAUUAGAUGUUUUGGAGAGUUCUUUGAGUGGGAUUGAUUAUGAAUUAAACAACAUUUGUAAGCAAUUAACAAAGACUAAAGCUUCUUUUAUGAAUAUAAUUUCAGUGUAA